AUGGCUACCACUAGUCGACUUCUUACCACCAAAGUGGAAAUUCCAAAGCUGAGAGAACCGUCAUUAUUUCGCCAAAGCGCUUUUAUAAAUGGCGAAUGGGUUAACUCGAAAACUGGAAAGGAAUUCGCGGUGUUAGAUUUUGAAUUAGAUCCUGCGACUAGUGAAGAAGUUGGAAAGGUCCCUGAUAUGAAUCCCGAAGAUACCAAAGAAGCCAUUAAAGCUGCAAAAGAAGCCUUUAAAGAUUGGUCAACUCAAACCGCAAAACAUCGUCAUGAUUUACUUAUGACUUGGUAUUCUUUGAUGUUGAAUAAUAAAGACGAUCUCGCUACGAUUCUCACCCGUGAGAAUGGAAAACCAAUCAAAGAUUCGUUGGUUGAGAUUAAGUAUGGAGCAAGUUUCAUCGAGUGGUUUGCCGAAGAAGCCAGACGUGUCUACGGGGAUGUGAUACCAUCUCCUUGGAAAAAUCACAAGUUUGUGGUUCUAAAGCAGCCGAUCGGUGUGGUCGGAGUCAUAACGCCCUGGAAUUUUCCAAACGCAAUGAUUUCACGUAAAUUAGGCGCGGCGUUGGCGGCUGGAUGCACCGCUGUAAUAAAACCAGAUUCUCAAACGCCAUUUUCGGCUUUAGCAUUAGCAGAACUGGCUUCAAGAGCUGGAUUACCGAAGGGCGUGAUCAAUAUCGUUACGACAAAAUCAAAUGUUAAAGAAAUAGGAUUGGAAUUGACGACAUCGGUUGGCAAAUUAUUGAUGAAACAAAGUUCAAGUACGCUCAAAAAGAUGUCAUUGGAACUUGGUGGAAACGCUCCAUUCAUUGUGUUUGGUGAUGCGGAUGUAGACGCAGCAGUCGAAGGCGCCAUAGCGUCCAAAUUUCGUGCAUCCGGUCAAACAUGUGUCUGCGCGAAUCGCAUCUAUGUGCAAUCGUCAAUUUAUGCAGAAUUCGCAUCACGCCUUGCCGAUAAGGUAAGUAAGUUUCAAAUAGGGAAUGGAUUUGAUCCGAAAACUACGCACGGUCCAUUGAUCAACUCGGAAGCGGUUGACAAAGUCACAAGACACGUAGAAGAUGCGGUUGCGAAGGGGGCAGAAAUCCUUGUUGGCGGCGUUCGUAGUGAUGGAAACUUUUUUACACCCACCGUUCUUACGGGUAUGACUGGUGAAAUGGCCAUCACCAAAGAGGAGACCUUUGGUCCUGUUGCUGGAUUGUAUAAAUUCGACUCUGAGGAAGAGGUUAUAGGGUUGGCGAACGAUAGUUCCGUGGGCUUGGCCGGAUAUUUUUAUUCCAGGGAUGUGGGUAGGUGUUGGCGGGUGGCUGAAGCUUUGGAAAUAGGAAUGAUAGGUGUAAACUCUGGAAUGGUCGGAACAAGUGAAGCUCCGUUUGGUGGGGUAAAAGAAUCUGGACUUGGACGUGAAGGUUCCAAAUAUGGUAUCGAUGAAUACCUCAAUGUUAAAUAUAUCAAUUUCAACAAUGCAUGA